AUGCAGCGUCUGCGUGGAGCGCUCGGGGCGGCCCGACCGUGGACGGGCCUGGGGUCCACGGGCAGCUCGGCCGCGGAGAUCGUCUCGCGCGAGACGACGGCCGGCGCGCCGCCGAUCGCCGGCGCUCUGGGCCAGGUGCGGUGGGCCACCAAGACCGCGGGCGGCAGCACCAAGAACGGCCGCGACUCCCACCCGAAGUACCUCGGAAUGAAGGUCUCCGACGGCCAGCUGGUCACCCGCCCGGGCGUCCAGAUCUUCCGGCAACGCGGUCUGCGGCACCACCCGGGCUUCGGCGUGCGGCGCGCCCGCGACGACACCAUCGUCUCGGCCAUCCCCGGGCGCGUGCGCUACGCGUUCGACCACAAGAAGAAGAAGCGGACGAUCUCGAUCGAGCCGCUCGACGUGGUCGUUCCGCAGCUGACCAAGGAGGCGCCGGACGCGCGCCGGUUCCGCAUCGACUACCGGGCCGUCGACGACUACCUGCAGGGCGUCCGGGGCGACAGUCGGCGCAUCCCCAGCGGAGCGCUGCCGUACUAG